AUGGAUUCUUGUAUUUCCUCCUCCGAAGCAGCCCCAAGCUUCUUCAUCACCAAACUUGGAAGAGAAAUGAGUAGAGAGGAAAGCCCGCAUGUUAACAGAAGAACCACAAGAUCAUCCUCUUCUACUACCCCAAAUUCUAAAACUGCAGUCGAGGUUUCAAAAAUCAUUAGUAAUACACAAUCUUUGACUGUAAAUGACCUUGUGCUCAGUGAUGAAUCUCUAACUCUCGAAGAGUUGAUUAAUUCUUUUCCCCAUAGGCGCGUGCAAAUUCUUGAAUUGAUCAAGCUUUUGGGCCCUUUGAAUUCUCCUAUGAUUCCAUUAUUUGUCUAUGGAGGUGCUUCAACGGGCAAAACAAGCACGGUACUUGAGAUUUUCAAGCACUUGAAGCGCCCAUUUAUUUAUAGCAGUUGCAUCACCUGCUACAACACCCGGAUACUGUUUGAAUCUAUCUUGAACCAGCUUUUACUUCAUAGGAAGCAUGAAAACAAUGGAUAUUCAAGUGCAAAGCGCUGUGAAAAGCCGUCUGAUUUUGUAAAUCUUUUACAUGAUGCUUUGAGUACUUUUAUAGACAGGCUCGAAGGUGAUCUGGGGAAAUCUAACUCCAAGAAAUCGGCUUUGCAAGUUAACGGGAAAAUGAUUUACUUGAUAAUUGAUAAUUUAGAGCACAUUAGAGAAUGGGAUAAGAGUUCAAAUAUGUUGCCCUUUUUAUUUAACUUGUAUAAUAUUCUGAAAAUGCCAGAGGUGGGUUUGAUUUUCAUAAGUAAAACCUCACUUGAUACGUAUCACUCAGACACAGGUUGUAUUGAGUCUUUCCCUGUUUAUUUUCCUGAUUACACUGAAGAUGAUCUGCGCCAGAUAUUCAUGAAAAACCAAUCAAAUCCCAAGUUAUAUUCCUCUUUUCUUGAUGUAGUGUUGAGACCUUUCUGUCGAAUCACAAGGCGUGUUGAUGAUGUAACUACUGCCAUUUCACCAUUAUAUAAGAAAUAUUGUGAACCGCUAGAUGACACGGGGAUCACUCCUAAUGAAGAUACAAAGAGAAAACUAUUUAAACAUAUUAAUCCAUAUAUCUCACAGUCCUUGAAAGAGACUUUUCACGUUCCUUCUCAACCUACACUCAAAGCCUCUGCCAGCAAGGACAAGACCAGGAGGAAGGGCAUUACUAAACCUGGAUUUUGGGAAUCUUUAGAUGAGAUGGACUUCCAUAUGUCUACUUGUGCAAAGUAUCUGCUUAUUUCUGCAUUUCUUGCAUCACGAAAUCCAGCCACACUUGAUGCCUCACUCUUUGAUUCAACUGGAGGAUCUGGCAAUCGAAAAAGAAAGAGAAAGAGCUCUGAAAAAUCAAUGGAGAAGAAGGAAAGUAAAGAACAAGAAUUACUCAUGAAAGGGCCUGGAACUUUUCCGUUAGAAAGGCUUUUAGCAAUAUUUCAGUGUAUCUCUUCUGUUGCAGAAUAUUCACCCAAUGAUGAAGUGCCACAAAUUGAUGGACUAGGAACCGAUGGUUGGGAUAGUGGACUAAUGGCUGAUGUUCUGCUGCAAUUAUCUAGUCUAUGUAGUGCUAAUUUCAUCACCAAAGGAGGUAGCUGCCCAUUGGAAGGUGGAAUUCGGUAUAGAUCAGCAGUCUCCGAGGAUAUGGCUUUAAAGGUAGCAAGGAGUCUGAAGUUUCCCUUGUCAAAAUACUUGUAUAGUAGAUAA